AUGAGAGUAAUCGAGCGUCAACUACAACUUGCUGUCAAUAAAAUAGUAAAAUGGUGUCAUGAGAAUGGUCAUACUCUAUCACCUUCCAAAAGCUCAUGUGUGCAUUUCUGUCGGCAACGUCGGCUUCACAAUGAACCUGUUAUUCAUAUUCAUAACAUUUCUGUACCCAUCGUAAUUGAAACAAAAUUUCUUGGAGUUGUUUUUGAUCAUAAUCUUACUUUUCUGCCUCACAUAAAACAAUUGCGAAAAAGAUGCGAGAGAUCCCUAAAUAUGUUACGGGUGCUUUCUAAUACGUUUUGGGGUGCUGACCGCACCGCGCUAUUGCGAAUUUACCAAGCACUUAUACUGUCGCUCAUUGACUAUGCAUGCACAGUUUAUGGCACUGCUUCUGCUUCGCAACUAAAACGCCUUGAUACGGUACAUCACACAGCAUUACGCAUCUGUAGCGGUGCAUUUUGCACUUUACCCGUGGAAAGCUUGUAUGCUGUUUGUCAUCAACUGCCACUGGAUUUAUGCAGAAUGCAAUUGUCCUUGAUGCACUACUAUCGAAUCAUGUCUUCAGCCUCACACCUCUUACAGCGUGAGGUUACUCCUAUAAGUUUAAUGCGCUUAUAUGAUGCUCGACCAUCUUAUGUUCGCCCUUUUAUAGCUCGUAUGCGAUCACACAUUCAAACAUUUGCUAUUUUAGAUUCACCAUCACAAUCGGCAGACUACCUACUUAUAUCACCCUGGACUGGUUCACCAUAUCAUUUUUGUUCUCUAUUUGAUGUAUCUAAAAAAUCACUUGUAGCAUCAACCAUAUUUCAACAACUUUUCCUUUCUCAUCGUCAUCAGUUUUUUCAUUAUGUUCCGAUAUAUACUGAUGGCUCAAAAUCUCCUGGAUAUGUUGGCUGUGGUGUCAUCAUUGCUGACGUCACGUACAGCUACCAAAUUCCUGAAAUUUGCGCCGUUUUCACUGCUGAAACUGUUGCUAUUUUAUUAGCAUUACGACUAAUUUCUACUCGCUCUACUCGGAAGUAUUGUAUAUACUCCGAUAGUAUGAGCGUUUUGAGCCAAUUAGAAAAGUUUCACUUUGAUACUCAUCCAAUUUUAUGUUUCAUUAUUCAUUUGCUAACUACUCUUCAGAAGAAGGGAUUUGAGAUAUUAUUUUUCUGGAUACCCAGUCAUGUUGGUAUUCCUGGGAACGAACUAGCUGACUCAGCUGCACGAUCUACCACAUCUGUUUUAACAUUAUCUAUACCUUUCUCUGAUGUCAAACUGCAUAUUCAGAAAUUUGUGUCAUCAUUGUGGCAACAACAGUGGGAUCUGAAAGUUUUUAACAAAUUGCAUAGCAUUAAAUCCGAGUUGGGUCAUUUUCCAGUACUGCCCUUGCGCAGUGCUGAUGUAAAGCUUACACGUCUUCGAAUUGGUCAUACCCGGUUAACACACCUCCACUUACUGUUUGGAGAGCCUCCUCCUCUAUGCAGUACCUGUAACGUUCUUCUCUCGACUUAUCACAUUUUAAUUAUUUAUCCAUGUUUUAACCAACUUCGUUUAACGUUUUUUGGGAGUUCUAUUUUAUGCAUACAAGAUUUGUUGAAUAAUACUCACCAUCCUAACAUAUUUGCAUUUUUACGUGCCGUAGGUACUUUUAACAGCAUAUAA